CGUUCUUCUGUGACCUCUUCUGUUUGCCACAAUUCCUCAAAUUCUGCCAACAAACACCCCCCUUCCAACUGCCUUUUGAGAAAACCUUUCGCAGAGGAGAAAAACUAAAACGUUAAAGUUAUUUUUCCUUCAUAGCAACUCCUUAAAAUUCCUGAAAACUUAAAAAAAAAAAAAUACAGCGGAGCAUAACAUCAGCGAUCGGUGAGGGAAAAAAACUAUCUUUUAAAAAUGAAUUUCGAGUCAAGACUAGGCCGAUUGGAGAAAAGAAACCCAGCGCGGUUUUAAGGGAAACCUUCUGGUGCUGCCUAGGCAGCGGUGUCCCCAGGUGGCAUCUCAUUGUUCAUAAUAUUUUACUGAAGGCUUUCAGUAAUAUAAAUAGAGAAAACAGGUGCUGCACUCAGCUGGGGGUUUGCCUAAAUCAACCUUCUCAGGUUCGAUUUUUGGAAUAAAAGGCCCAGGAGUUUUUAGGCAAUCAGUCCUGUAGCUCUCAUCACCCUCAGCGGGAAGGAAAAAGAGAAGGGAGGGGAAAAAGCGAGGGUGCGGAACCGUGGCGAACAGACGGAGCUACUCUCCCAGCAGAGCAAGGGCUUGGCCUCCGGCCCCAGGUGCGGCCCCUCAAAAUGACAAUCACAUUCUGUAAAUUUCGUCGUUUCAAUAAAAAAACGACGCCUGGCUUUAUAAGUAAGAGGAUAUACGAAAAAGGGAAGGCAUUCGCCUCGUGAGAACUCCCCCAGCCGGCUCGGCGUCGGGGAGCACCGCCGCGGUCCGCCCGUCCAACCGCCGACGGCUCGCGGAUGCCCAGGGGGCCCGACGCCAGGCCAGGCUUGCCCUCGCGCUCCCGCUACCCACAAGCCCCUGCGCCUCGACGCGCAGGCGCACCGGCGACGGCCGUCUCAGGAAGAGGAAAAUGGAAUAAACAACUCGGAGGAACCAGAGCGCGAGAGAGCGAGUGGAGGCAGAAUUUAAAAAUAAACUGGCCCCUCCGCCCUCCCCGCCCGUUCGCCGCCGCCGCUCCCCCUCCCCGAGCCCGCGCCCUCGAAGUCCCCGUCCGGGCCCGCGCGCCCACCCCGUCGUCCCGCGCGGCCCCUUUAAGAAAAGAGAACGAGAGAUUCCUGGACUAGAUGGAGGUGCUUUAACUGAUACCAGCCUCACAGAUUCAUAUUUCAGCACCAGCUUUAUUGGAGUUAAUGGAUUUGGAAGCCCUGUAGAAACAAAGUAUCCCUUGAUGCAGAGAAUGACUAAUAGUAGCAGCUCCCCAAGCCUUCUAAAUGACAGUGCCAAGCCAUAUGCAGGCCAUGAUCCUCUAACUUCACCUGCUUCAUCCUUGUUUAAUGACUUUGGUGCCCUCAACAUCUCUCAGAGAAGAAAGCCAAGGAAGUAUCGCCUGGGGAUGCUGGAGGAGAGGCUAGUUCCGAUGGGAUCAAAGGCACGAAAAGCAAAGAACCCUAUUGGCUGCCUUGCUGACAGGUGUAAAUCAGGAGUACCCAUCAAUAUGGUUUGGUGGAACAGAAUCACAGAAAACAAUUUACAGACACCAAAUCCUACUGCAAGCGAGUUUAUUCCCAAAGGAGGAUCAACCUCCAGGCUCAGUAACGCGUCCCAGGCACAUACGUCUGCCUUCUCUCAAGUGUUCUCUCACCCAUCCAUGGGGACUCCUGCUGCUGCUGCUGGAUUAGCCCCAGGAAUGUCAUUGUCUGCUGGGUCUUCUCCUCUUCACUCCCCCAAGAUCACUCCGCAUACUUCUCCUGCUCCCAGAAGAAGAAGCCACACUCCAAAUCCAGCAAGUUACAUGGCGCCUUCUACUGCCUCCACACCUGUCACUAAUCCUGUUUCUCAGACUCCUUCUUCUGGUCAGGUGAUCCAAAAGGAGACUGUCGGUGGGACGACUUACUUCUAUACAGACGCAACUCCAGCCCCUUUGACUGGGAUGAGAUCUUUCAAAAGUUAUCACAGAACAGCUUGCCGAACUGAAGGUCAAAUAAUUGAGGUUUUUCCAAACUACCAUAUUUAUCCUCCAACUGCACCUCAUGUUGCUUAUAUGCAACCAAAAGCAAAUGCACCUUCCUUCUUCAUGGCUGAUGAACUCCGACAGGAGCUGAUUAACAGACAUUUGAUAACAAUGGCUCAGAUUGAUCAAGCAGAUAUGCCAGCAGUCCCUACAGAAGUUGACAGCUACCAUAGCCUGUUCCCUCUCGAACCACUGCCACCACCCAACCGGAUACAGAAAUCAAGUAAUUUUGGAUACAUUACGUCCUGCUACAAAGCUGUAAAUAGCAAAGAUGAUCUCCCUUAUUGCCUUCGGAGGAUACAUGGUUUUCGUCUUGUUAACACAAAGUGCAUGGUAUUGGUGGACAUGUGGAAGAAAAUCCAACACUCAAAUAUCGUAACCUUGCGUGAAGUGUUUACCACUAAAGCUUUUGCAGAGCCUUCUCUUGUGUUUGCAUAUGAUUUCCACGCUGGAGGAGAGACUAUGAUGAGCAGACACUUCAAUGACCCUAAUGCAGAUGCCUAUUUCACGAAGAGAAAGUGGGGUCAACACGAUGGACCAUUGCCCAGACAGCAUGCUGGAUUAUUGCCAGAAUCUCUUAUUUGGGCGUAUAUUGUCCAACUGAGUUCUGCAUUGCGUACCAUUCAUACAGCAGGUUUGGCAUGUCGAGUUAUGGACCCAACAAAGAUUCUGAUAACUGGCAAAACAAGGUUGCGAGUAAAUUGUGUUGGAGUUUUUGAUGUUUUAACAUUUGAUAACAGUCAGAAUAAUAAUCCAUUGGCAUUAAUGGCUCAAUACCAGCAAGCAGAUCUGAUAUCAUUAGGAAAAGUUGUGUUGGCUUUGGCUUGCAACUCUUUGGCAGGAAUUCAGCGAGAGAACUUACAGAAAGCCGCGGAACUGGCGACAAUCAGCUACUCCUCUGACCUGAAGAAUCUGAUUUUAUAUUUGUUGACUGACCAAAACAGGAUGCGAAGUGUAAAUGACAUCAUGCCCAUGAUUGGCGCUCGAUUUUAUACUCAGUUGGAUGCUGCUCAAAUGAGAAAUGAUGUCAUAGAGGAAGACCUUGCAAAGGAGGUUCAAAAUGGAAGACUGUUUAGGCUUCUAGCAAAAUUGGGAACAAUCAAUGAGAGGCCGGAGUUUCAGAAGGAUCCUACCUGGUCGGAGACUGGAGACCGUUAUCUGUUGAAACUCUUUAGGGAUCAUCUUUUUCAUCAGGUGACAGAAGCAGGCGCUCCUUGGAUUGACCUCAGUCAUAUCAUUUCGUGUCUUAACAAGUUAGAUGCUGGUGUGCCAGAAAAAAUAAGCCUCAUUUCCAGAGAUGAGAAGAGUGUACUUGUGGUGACUUACAGUGACUUAAAGCGAUGCUUUGAAAAUACUUUUCAAGAACUGAUUGCAGCUGCAAAUGCUUUAUUAUGGUACUUUACACUGGAUACAGAUACAGAGACACUGUUCAGAAGACGAACUAAACACAGCGGUGGUCUGGCGUCAGGAGCUUUCUGAAGGUUUACAGCCGGAAUCUGGAGGGAAAACAAUCUGCUGUGCCUUUGCAGUCACUGCUUAGCCCAAAGUAAUAGUGCUUUUGAUAAUAACUAUGUGGGAUAUUCCUGAAUAAGUCAGUCUCAAAAGUCUGGAAUUUUCCUCCUCUUAACUUUCUUAACAUUUGGACGUGCAGUUGUCGCCAAACUUGGGUAUUCAUGGAAUUUCUAGUUAAUGAAAUACCUAUACUUUGAUACUGAAGACUGCCAAAUACAUAGGAAUUUUUCUUUCAUAAAAAACAGUAACGAAGACUCUAUCUCCUUUCCCAGCACUGAAUGUUUUACUAGCACUGGGUGCUCAUCAUGCAACUAUGAAGAAAAUGUGGAAACUCAAAAGGUCAGGAAAGACUUCCAAGCACUUGCAACUGAUGUUACAGUCUUCAAUUUUAAUAACUAUACCUAUUUGUAGUUUUCAGAGAAGUUUUUAAUAUUUCUCUGUCCACUUUUUAUAAGCUUUAAAAUGAUUUUCUCUGCCUUGAGAUUUGCAUCAAGAAAAAGCACCUCUUCACCCCAAAUCUUUGAAGACUAGAGACACGCUUUACCUGUUUUAACAAGUGUGUUUGAGUCCACGUUUGGUAGCAUCAGUUGUUGAGUUAAAAAGAAGAUCAGUUAUUGCAUUUCAUCAAGAUGGAUUUUAAAAGAACAUAAUGCUCAAUAUUCAAAGGAUAAUUAACAUUUGCCACCAUAAUGUUCUUUUUUUAUGUGAAAGGAACAGGAACUUGGAGACAUUAACAUGCAAAAGUCUUUUAUCAUUAUUAGCUCAUGUAUUUGACAAAGAGCAGCUGUCUUUUUAUAUGUUUUUUGACAAAUCAUAUUGUAAUUCUUUUGUACAAAAAAGAACUACUUGUAUUCUAGAAGAAAUAUGAAAUGCUUAAUUUAUAAGCGGGCUGGAGAUUUUUUCCAAUAUUGUUUUCUUUGAAAAUGAAAGGGGAUCAUCUAUUUUAGUUUUGGGGUCUGGGAACUUUUUGAAAAUUUAAUUUGUGGACCAAUGUUUUGCAAAAGCUAAGGAAGGGCAGGGGUAAAAUAGGGCUUGAUUUUCUCAUUCUGUGUAGACCAGCAAACUUCCCUCUGCGAGGCCGGUUCAAAUCACAAACCCAAGAGUGUUUGCAUCGUAAAUGCUAGCUUGCUUCGGCCCCUAGUAACCUCAGGACUUGGUUUGAAUAAAAAGGUAGACAGCUGAUAUGUUUUCAUGAGUAAAUAGCGUCAGCCACAGAACAGCUGGUGUCAGGUGAUACGUAUUUUUUUUAAGCUUCGUUUUAUAUUUAUUUUUCAUUUAGUUUUUAUUGGGAAUGGUUUUCAAUAGAACUCUUAGUUCUGCUUAGGUGUUUUUUGGGGGAGCCCUCUUUUCCAUAGUGUAAUUCCAUUUAACAGGUUGUCUAAAAGUUAGUCUUUUUAAUUCAUAGGAAGAUUUUAAUAUCUGAAAGUACUCAAAUUAAGGAUAUAAACUUCCACACCUUCCUGUUAUGACAGAUACAAGCACAGAAAGGACAACCCUUGAAAUCAGUGUAACGUUGGUCAUUUCAAUUUUUUGUUACCUAUUUUAAAAUCUGUUAAUGUAUUUACUUCAUUGUAAAUAUUUUUGAGGGUACCUUUGUAUUUUGCUUUUGACCUUGGUUCUGUGAUUUGGAUGUCAGCGACUUCCCGGAAAAGCACCAGUAUGUUAAGUUCUAAUGUCAUGAUCCCAAUAUGGGUUAUUCAUCUUUAAUCCUGUUUUCAGUCUCUAUGUGUACAGCAGUAUUUUUAAUAAAGAAUUACAGAGAGAAAAUUGUCCUUUUU